ACGGAAGAAGGCAACACAAAACAGACACCAAAGGCAUGCAGCAGGCCCCGCGGAUCGGAAUGGGGUCGCAGUUUUGUCCGUGCGUGCCUCAGCUCGUGACCUCCUCGACCCCGGCCUGCAGCCUGGCCCUGGCUCCCCGGCCCACACGACACGCCCACCACAAGGAUCUCCGUUCUCCGGUGCCGACGAUCUCCCGGCCUCCUCCACAGCACUACUAGCUAGCAAUCAGCCAGCGGCGGCAGCAGCAAUGGCGGACGACAACACGGUGACGCUGGUCCGCCUCAUCCUCGCCAUCAUCCUCCCACCGCUCGGCGUCUUCCUCAAGCACGGCCUCAAGUUGGAGUUCUGGAUCUGCCUCAUCCUGUCCUUCUUCGCCUACCUGCCGGGGAUCAUCUACGCCGUCUGGGUGAUCAUCAAGAAGGACGACGACUAGCUAGCCUAUGCAUGAGUGACUGAUCAACGCCACAUGACCGCCGGACCACUGCACGCCGGCCAAGGCAGGCAUCGACGUCCGUGCAUUAGCCUUUUUAGCAGUAGCUAGCAGUGUACACGAUUAUUGGGUUAAUUAUUCCGGCUUUCGCUGGAAACAACAUUUUUUUUAUCUUUUUUUAAUUAAUUGUAAGUGUAAGUAUAGGGAGGAGGAGAAGGGGUGACUAUUAAAGGAGUCGUCCACCGCAGUUGUAGCUAGGCUUGUUUAAUUCUGAGGAUGCAUGCAGCAAGCUAGUAGUAUACUUUCUUGUCUUUGCUGCGAGUACAGCAGUACACUAGACUUGUGGCGAUGACGACGCAGCUAACUUGAAGUGUUCCAGACGCUGACGCAGCGUUGAGUGCAAGCAAAAGCUGACUAGCUGAGGCGUGCAUGGAAACGGGUCAAGCAGUCAGACAGAGAGCCUGCAGUUUCAGGGUUUUUCUUUGCGGAUGACUGACGCAUCUCUUAUCAUCUCAUCAGGCAGUUUUGUAAAGUUCAAUAUGAAGAUGCGUCCAAUGAAGAAAGCUAGCACGCUUCAAUUAUUUGGACAAGAAAAGCAACGGUUUUGAUCUUAUUUAACAAGCUCAUUAUUAAGAGCAACCGCAAUGUGCUGCAAAAGUGGUCCAUAAGCCUUUAAAUAUUCUCUAUAGACUGGUUGAUACACUGUGAGAGUAGUCAAUAGGGUAGUCCAUAGCAUCAGCUAUCCAUAUGCUUAUGGGCUGACCAUAGGAAUAGAAAAACAAUUCUUUCUCUCUCUCCCUUAUCUCCUACCUUGCUGCAAUGGCCGGCCGGACUGUUGGUUAUCUUUUUUUUAUGUGUUAGUGGGCUCCACCUUAUGGUUGAACAUUGUGAAAGAGGAGAUAGUUAUGGACUACUGAUACUGGACCCCUCCUUAUGGACUACU